CACAGGCUACCUAAGUAUGGUUCUCAAUCAGAGACAACGAUUGACAGCUGCCUCUGAUUGGGAACCAUACCAGGCCAAAAGCAUAGUAGUGGAAAACAUAGAAAACAAAGCAUAGAAUGCCCACCCCAACUCACGCCCUGACAAUACUAAAAUAGAGACAUAGAAAAGGAGGAAAUCAGGAAAUGUUUUGUGUCAUUACAUACAGCCGGGAAGAACUAUUGAUAUUAGAGUUGUGGUAACUCACAAGAACUACCAGCAUUAUGACCAGGAAUACGACUUCCCUGGAACAGAUCCUUCCAGAGCAAUUUAACUUAUUCCAGAGACCGACCCAAAAUAUCGCCGGCGGAGGAGAGGCACCUGCUGGUUCGACUUAGGAGGCGCGCACACCACCCUUCGCUUCCGAGUAUAUUACUCGCUAAUGUUCAGUCUUUGGAUAACAAAGUUGAUGAGCUUAGAGCAAGGAUUUCUUUCCAGAGAGACAUCGGGGCCUGCAACAUACUUUAUUUAACGGAAACAUGACUCUUUCGAUACUCUACCGGAGUCGGUAAAGCCAGCAGGAUUCUCAGUACAUCGCGCAGACAGGAAUAAAUAUCUCUCCGGAAAGCAGAAGGGCGAAAGGGUUUGUUUAAUGAUUAACGACUCAUGGUGUAAUUCUAGAAACCUACCGGAACUCAAGUCCUUUUGUUCACCCGAUGUAGAAUACCUCACAAUUAAAUUCCAGCCAUAUUAUCUCCAAAGAUAAUUAUCCUCCAUUACCGCCACGGACAAUCAAACAAGCUGAACGUCAGUAUAGAGAUAAGGGUGAGUCAUAAUUCAAUGACUCAACAGCUACAGACAAUCACUGACUACAAAAGGAAAACCAGCUACGUCGCCGAGACCGACGUCUUGCUUCCGGACAGGCUAAACACAUUCUUGCACGCUUUGAGGAUAACACAGUGCCACCGGUAUGGCCGCUACCAUGGACUGUUGGCUCUCCUUCUCCGUGGCUGACGUGAGUAAAACAUUUAAACAUGUUAAGCUUUGCAAGGCUGCCGGCCCAGACAGCAUUCCUAGCCGCGUCCUCAGAGCAUGCGCAGACCAGCUAGCUGGUGUGUUUACAGGCAUAUUCAAUCUCUCCCUAUCCCAGUCUGCUGUCCCCACAUGCUUCAAGAUGGCCCCCAUUGUUCCUGUACCCAUGAAGGCAAAGGUUAAAUGAGCUUAAUGGCUUUUGCCCUAUAGCACUCACCUCUGUCAUCAUGAAGUGCAUUGAGAGACCAGUCAAGAAUCAUAUCUCUACCUUACCUGACACCCUAAACCCACUUCAAUUUUCUUACUGCCCCAAUAGAGCCACAGAUGAUGCAAGCGCCAUCAUUAAGCUUGAGGCCCUGGGUCUGAACCCCACCCUGUGCAACUGGGUCCUGGACUUCCUGAUGGUCCGCCCCCAGGUGGUGAAGGUUCAUGAUGCUGAGCCUUGAGUUCGACCACUCCUGUCGCUACGACUAUGUAGAGGUGCGUGAUGGUGACAGCAUCAACUCUCGUGUGAUUGGUCGGUUCUGUGGGAACGACAGGCCUACUCCAAUCCAGAGCUCCGGCAACUCCCUACAUGUCCUGUUUGUGUCCGAUGGCUAUAAGAACUUUGACGGCUUCUUUGCCAUCUUCCAGGAGAGCUCAGCAUGCAGCUCCUCCCCCUGUCUCCAUGAUGGAACCUGUAUCCUGGACACGUCCCACACCUACCACUGUGGCUGUCUGGCUGGCUACACUGGACAGAGGUGUGAGAAUGUUGUAGGUUGUCGGAGGCCCCCGGUACCUGUCCAUGGCACCACAGAGGGGGUAUUCCAUAACUCAGGGGCACAAGUCAUAUUCAGCUGUGACCCUGGGUUCGAGCUGAGGGGGGUCCGCACAGCCGUAUGCCUCCGGGAUGGCACCUGGAGCGCCCCUGCCCCCCAGUGUGUGCCCAUGGUGAAGUUCUGUGCCAUCCCAGCCAAGCCCAUCCAUGGAGACCACUUCAAGGUGUACGGUCCCAAUGACGUCAUCCUUGCCCUGCAGUAUCUGUGCUACCAGCCCUACAAGCUGAGCGGAACCCACCAGAGAACCUGUCUUCCCAACAACACCUGGAGCGGAACACCUCCCACCUGUGGCAAAGUGAAUAACACACUUGCUGAAUCAGGCAAAGAUACAGAAAAGAACAAAGACACGGAUGCAGAGAAAGACAAAGACACUGACACAGACACAAAUAAAGACAUUGAAAAACCCAAAGACAAAGGGAUAGACAAUACUACGGGUAUCAAGGAGGACGUGGCUGGUAAAGAGCCAGACACAGGCCUGAGGAACACGACAGUGGACAUUAGAGAUGGUAAAGAGAAAAACAUAGACAUUACUCGGGUGAAUAUCCCAGAAGGAAGCAAGGAUACAACGAGUGACAAAGAAAAAGAAACGGGGCUAGAGAAACCUACUGGAGGUAGCAAGGAUAAAGUGGACAGUAAAGAAACAGAUGACAUGUUAAACACAGUGGAGGGAGACAGAGAAAAUGACUUGGGGAAAACCACAGAGGACACAGAUGGCAGUCCAGAUACGGGGGGAGACACAGACGUGCUGCAGGAGAUAGGCAAGACUACAGAGAUUCCUGAGAUAGUGGUGGUGGUGGAAGAUAAAGGACAGGAGAAGAAAGAGCAACCGGGAGAUACAAGCAGUGGUCCAAACAUAGUUGAUCCUAACGACUUAAAACCACGGGGAGACACAUUUGCCAUAGAUUACACUGAGAUAAAACCACGGGGAGACACAUUUGCCAUAGAUUACACUGUUACAGACGUGUUCGGCACCAAUGACAUCGAGCAGGGUCUGAAUACAACAGUGUCUAAAGACGUUGUGAAGAGUAUUAUUCCAACUAGAAGUAACAACACACAGUUCACCCCAUAUUCAUCAGGAGGUCAGGAAACCAAAAUGGCUGUGGGAAAACCACGCAAAGACAUAGGAUCGACUAAAGACAUGGGAUCAACUAAAGAUUCAAGAGGAGCCAAAGACACAGCGGCAAGUACAAGCAAACCUGAAGGGGAAAAUGCAGGAAAAGAUUCAGAAAAGCCAACUAAAGAGUCUGAGGAUGAGAAGAGAGAGAACCAAAUCAUCAACGAGAAGCGCUGUCCUCCUCUCCCGCAGCUCUACCAUGGGUACCAGCAGGUGGUGCCAGGGAUGGUGCCAGAGACGGUGGAGUUCUUCUGUAACCACUCAUACGCUCUUAGUGGUGACGCCCGACGCUCCUGCCAGCCUGGCAGCUCCUGGGGGGGCGCUCAACCUCUUUGUGUGAGAGCCUGCAGAGAGCCCAAGGUCUCCGAGCUGGUCAGACAGAGAGUUCUGCCUCCACAGGCUCCAUUCAGGAAGACCCCUGUGCAUAAGCUCUACUCCUCCUCUGGGUUCAGGAGGCUCUUCCAGUCCGCCGGUCCCACCAAAGGUCCUCCAGUGCUAUCCCAGCUGCCCCAGGGCUUCCACCACCUCUACACUCACGUAACGUACGAGUGUGCCUCUCCCUUCUAUCACCACUCAGGCAGUGCUCGCCGCACCUGCCUCAAGACUGGCAAGUGGAGCGGGCGUCAUGUCUCCUGCUCGCCAGUAUGUGGGAAGCAUCCCACCUUUGACCCUCAGAGCCCAGCCGAGUCCCACUGGCCCUGGCUAGCCGCCAUCUACCGACGCUCCAACAACAUAGCAGGGACCAAGCUAGACAAGAAGGCCAGCCUGGACAAGACACUAAAUAUGGGGCCUGGAGCUGUACCAGGAGCAGGGGCUGGGUCCCAGGGGCAGGACGAUGCCUCAGGCUGGCAGCUGGUGUGUAGCGGGGCCCUGGUGAACCAGCGGAGUGUGGUGGUGGCAGCCCACUGUGUGACUGAGCUGGGGAAGAUGUACCCUCUUGAUGCAGCCAAGGUCAAGGUGGUGAUGGGAAAACACUACCGCAGUGACCUCCGGGAGACCAAGGGCCUGCAGCAUCUUAGGGUGGCCUCUAUCUCUGUCCACCACAACUACGACCCCCUGGUCUUGGACUCAGACUUGGCCGUGAUCAAGCUGCUGGACAAGGCUCGUAUCGGGGAGAAGGUCCUGCCCCUCUGUCUGCCUGACACCCAGGGGGAAGAGGCGACCUCCAGAAAGGGGCUGGUGAUGGGCUGGGCCCCCCUGCCGGACCCCCGGAUUGGGGAAGAGGAGAGGGCCAGGGUGGGUGUGCAGCACCUGGCUGACGUGGUGCCCUGCGAGCAGCAGUAUGCCCGUAAUGGCGUGCCUGUGAGCGUUACAGACAACAUGCUCUGCGGCCGCCAGCGACCCGACUAUGGCCCAUCUAACAUCUGUCCUGCGGACACAGGGGGUAUCCUGAUCCUUCCCGCUCAGACAGGCUCCACCCAGGACCCCUCUCUUGCCUCUCCAGGGGGGCGGGACAUGUCCAAAGGGGAGUGGCGGCUGCUGGGGUUGGUGAGUUUCGGGUAUGACCAGGGAGAGUGUGACCCAGACCUGUUUACUGUGUACACACAUGUGGCUAACUUCAAAGACUGGAUAGAGAGCCAUAUGAAGUGAGAUCACCAGGAUGUGACCCACCCUGUAUCUCUCUUUUCCUCCCUCCAACCAACUACACCUGCUUUUUUUGCCAAUCUCUCUCUUCAUCAUUAUUCCCCGUUCCUUUUAUUUGCCAAUGUCUUCUCCAUUCUGCCUUUCCCUCCUUUCUUCUCCCACCGUCCACCUUCUUGUCAAACACAGGCAGGGAGUGUGAUCAGUAAAGAGCAGAGCAAUACUGGACUGCACAGGGCGGUGCACUGAUGUUAGGGUGCCCAAACACAGCCUGAUCAGGUAGACCCUCCACUCUUCACAGUACUUCAGUGUUCAGGCUUUACCUUCAACUUGGUGCUACAGACUUGAAAACGACUUGAAAACCAGUUCCCUCUGGCCUCUGGGAAAACCUGGUUUUCAUUGUAUUCUUUGAUAUGUAUAUAUAUAUAUAUAUAAUGUAAUGUAUUAUUAUUAUUAUGGCUCUGCACAUGGCUCAAGUGAUGUACAUAUUGUAUAGAAGGACGGCAAAGCCAUGUUUUUAAUUAACGAUAUGUGGGUGUGUGUGAAGACACAGUGGUCUGAUUGGCGUUGAUCACGGAGAGUGGUUCUGUGAGCUUUAAUCCAGUAUUAAUUCAAGGAGACCCAUAUGAUUGUAAUAAAUAGAGAUGAAAGAGAGAACCUGGCGCUUGCUAUGCAAAUCAGCCAGCCGUUCAGCCAGGGCCAAUUCUCCAGCGAAAGCCUAUGAAUUAAUCCAGGUCAAAUAUCCACAAUGAAAGGCUUCAAUCGAACAGCAGCAACCUGAUAUUGUUUAGAACAGCUCCCUCUUACAUGACUACCCAGCUAAUAAAGUAUGUAUAAUGAA